UGCUCGUGGCAAGGAUCUCUGAUUAUUUGUAGAUGCAGAAUAGCAUAUGUGAUCUCAAGCCGUCAUACUCGCUCAAUCCCUGCGCAAACGUUGCUAUUCUGGUAGCAGUAGUACUUUCCAACCACUCAAGUUUUUCCGUUGAAGACUCGGAGCAAACGUCACAAUCCCUAAGCGCUGCUAUUCUGGUACCACUUUCUGACAUCCAAUCCACAGCAAGUUUUCCCACUAGAGACUCGCGCCAAACAUUUCACAAUUCCGGAAUAGAAAAGAUGAGGAAGGAGGUGGUGGCGGCGGCAGUAACUGUAACAACUGCAGCUGCUGCUGUUGCUGCGAUGGUGUUAGUGAGGCACUGGAAGCGCCAAAACGAGCGAAGUUGGAGGCAUGCAAAGCGCAUUUUGCGAAAGUUUGCGAGGGAGAGUGCUACUCCAGUCACCGAACUUUGGCUUGUGGCUAAUGACUUGGCGGUUGACAUGCAAACCGGCCUUAUUUCUGAACAAUCCAAACUUGGCAUGUUUCCUUUCUACUCCGGUUCACUUCCCACUGGUGAUGAGAAAGGGGUAUACUAUGGAAUAAACCUUCGCGGUGAUAAUUUCUUGAUUCUAAGAGCGCAGCUUGGAGGGAAGAAUGAAAUUUUAUCUGAAUUCCAGAGGGAGGAGGUUCAAAUUCCUUUCCGUGUAAUUUCUGCCGAUUCCAAGGAAUUAUUUGAUCUAAUUGCCUUGGAGCUUUCAAAAUUUGUUUCUCUUCAUGAAGACCUUACAGGAAAGACAAAACUAGAGAAGCUUAAACUAGGAUUUACAAUAUCGCCUCCGGUUGACCAAGCCGCAGCCUCCUCGUGCAGAGGCAUCGAUUGGAGGAGGUUAACAGAUGACACAGUCAGGACACAGAUGAUGACUGAAAUUAAUGUGGCUUUGCUGAAGCAUGGUGUGGAAAUGCAAGUUUCUGCUAUGGUGGAUGAAGUCAUUGGCUGUUUGGCUGGGGCAAGGUACUACAGUAGAGAAAGUGUCGCUGCACUUAGUUUAGGGAUGGCCGUUAAUGCUGCUUAUAUAGAAUCAGUACAAGAAGUUCAAAAGUUGCAGGGCCAAUUAUCCAACUCCGGAGAAAUGGCUAUUAGUGUGAAUUGGGGAAAUUUUAGUUCCAUUCACCUUCCAAUGACAGAGUUUGAUGCUUCCUUAGAUUCUGAAAGCACAAAUCCUGGUAGCGGGAUAUUUGAAAAGCUUAUUUCAGGGAUGUAUUUAGGAGAGAUUGUUAGAAAAGUCCUACUGAAGAUGGCGCAAGAAGCAGCUUUAUUUGGAGAUAACCUCCCAAUCAAGCUCACCAUCCCAUACUUGUUGAGGUCACAUGAUGUGGCUAUUAUGCACCAGGACACAUCAGAGGAUUAUGAAAUGGUUGAUGAAAAACUAAAGGAAAUAUUCGAGAUAUCCAGCACUACACCAGUGGUGAGAGAAAUCGUUGCAGAGGUCUGUGACAUAGUUGCAGAGCGCGGAGCUCGUCUUGUGGGAGCUGGAAUAAUGGGGAUUGUCAAAAAACUCGGAAGAAUUGCUAACAAGAAGAGCGUAAUUACGGUUGAAGGUGGACUGUAUGAGCAUUAUCGCAUCUUUAGAAACUAUCUGCAUAGCAGUGUUUGGGAGAUGCUGGGGAGUGACCUCUCUGACAAUGUGAUUAUAGAGCAUUCUCACGGAGGUUCAGGAGCUGGGGCUCUCUUUAUUGCUGCUUCACAGACGCGAGAUGCAGAUUCCUAGGCACACCAUUUUGAACCCUGUUCCUGUUGCCCUUAAUAAUAUAUUAUUGUAAUCUGAUAUUGAGAUUGUGGAAUUUUAGUUCAUUCA